GGAGCGGCCCGCUCGCUGAUUGGCCACGCGGCUCGACCAGUGCCGGCAGCCGCCGCAGCGCUGCUACUUUCAAAAGAGCCGGGGCCGGCGGCGGCUGCGUGCAGAGGCCGAGGAGGAGGAUGCCGGUGGCACGCAGCAGCAAGGCACAGAGCAGCAAGCAGCCCCGAGCCAGCAAGGCGCCCUCUGUUACUGAGAAUGUCCCCCAAGAGAAGGAGGAGGGCUGCCAGGCCAAACGCUCCCCAUCCUCGCCCCAGGGAGGACCCAAGAAGAGGUCAGCGUUUGGGGACAUCACCAAUGCUCACAAGAACCAGACAGUGACAGGGAAGAAGGAGGGGGUCAAAGCUCCCACCCACAAAGCAACCAGGGCCCCCUCUGCCCCGAUAGUGGCCAAGAACAAUGAGAUCAACCUGAAAAAGUCCUUGAGGAAAACCCCCCCAACAGAUGUUCCUGUGGAACCUGAGAAAGAUUCUGUGUCUGAGGAGCCUGUGCAGCAGGUCCCAGUGGUGGAAGACAUAGACAAGGAGCAGCUGGGAGACCCCUAUGCCAAUGCAGAGUAUGCCAAGGAGAUCUUUGACUACAUGCGAGAGAGGGAGGAAAAGUUCCAGCUCCCUGAUUACAUGGAGAAGCAGCCAGAUAUCAGCAGGGACAUGCGUGCCAUCCUGGUGGACUGGAUGGUGGAGGUGCAGGAAAACUUCGAGCUGAACCAUGAGACACUGUACCUGGCAGUGAAGCUGGUGGAUCACUACCUGGUGGAGGUGGUGAGCAUGAGGGACAAGCUGCAGCUCAUUGGCUCCACUGCUGUCCUCAUCGCCUCCAAAUUCGAGGAGCGCUGCCCUCCGUGCGUGGAUGACUUCCUGUACAUCUGCGACGAUGCCUACAAGAGGGAAGAGCUCAUUGCCAUGGAGACGAGCAUCCUCCGCACCCUCAACUUCGACAUCAACAUCCCCAUCCCCUACCGCUUCCUGCGGCGCUUUGCCAAGUGUGCCCGUGCCUCGAUGGAGACGCUGACCCUGGCCCGUUUCCUCUGUGAGAUGACCCUGCAGGAGUACGACUACGCACGGGAGCGUCCCUCCAAGCUGGCUGCCAGCAGCUUGCUGUUGGCGCUCACCAUGAAGAACCUGGGUGGCUGGACCCCCACUCUGGAGUAUUACAGCGGGUACUGCGCUCAGGAUCUGCACCCCUUGGUGAAAAGGUUGAAUUUUCUGCUCACCUACCAGCCCUGUGACAAGCUGAAGGCUGUGCGCACCAAGUACUCGCACAGGGUCUUCUUCGAGGUCGCCAAGACAACCCCCAUGGACAUGAUGAAGCUGGAGGAGAAGUUGAAAAGCUAGCCCUGCCUCUGUACAUAGCCUGUAAAUAGCGGGGUGGGAGCACUGUGUACAUAAAAGGGGGGAGAAAACAAAAAACCAAACCCAAACACUGUUUUUACUGAAUGGGGAAAAAAAAAAAAAGUGAUGUAGAGCUGUCAAUAAAAUAUUGUGUAUAUCUUAA